AGUCUCUUGACUCCUGCAGAAUUGGCUGAUCUGUACUUGUUCAUUUCAGAAAAGUUUUAAGUGAAGGAGCCCUAAGACUCGAUGUCCGACUGGCUAUGACAACGUCACUGGUCCUGCGCCCGCGCUGGACCGACCCUGUCAUGUUUUUAUAUGACAACACCAGUGCUCUGGACGACGCAGGCAAGAACAUGGAUACGUUUUCGGGUGGCAAUUUUGCACCGAGCUCGUGCAGAAAUUUCAUGGCUCCCAGUGCUGCCUACACGUCGAGUGAAGUGACUAGUGCAGGAGUUGUUGAAACUGUAAAACAAUGCAGUCCGUGCAUGGCCUCACAAGGAUCUGGUGGUGCGUCGCUGCCUUAUGGGUAUUUUGGCAGCGGUGGAUAUUACUCCUGCCAAGUGUCUCACCCUCACUGGUCUGGCAAUGGGGCUAAAUCAUCCGCUCAUUCGCCAUCCUCUGCUGCCUCGCAGUACGGGAAUAAAUAUACGGAUAUGUCAACCCAGUCUGCCGAAGAUUAUGUUGCUUCUCGAGCCAAGGAGUUCACAUUCUACCCGGGCUAUGGCUCGGGUCCGUACCAGCCCGUUGCCGGCUACUUGGAUGUACCUGUAGUGCAGGCUGUGAGCGGGCCAUCGGAGCACAGGAACGAGUCGACUUUAUUGCCUGUGGAAAGUUAUCAGUCGUGGGGGAUUAGUGCUAGCGGCUGGAACGCGCAGGUCUGCUGUGACAAGGAGCAACCACAGACAGGACACGUGUGGAAAUCAUCUAUACCAGACUCGGUUCCUCACAGGGGCGCAGAUACAAGUUCAUUCCGGCGCGGCAGAAAGAAACGCGUCCCGUACACGAAGGUGCAGCUGAAAGAACUGGAGCGCGAAUACGCGGCCAACAAGUUCAUUACCAAGGACAAGAGGAGGCGGAUAUCCGCUCUGACCAGCCUGUCUGAACGACAAGUGACCAUCUGGUUUCAGAACCGGCGCGUAAAAGAGAAGAAAAUUGUCAACAAAUUAAAAACUAACGGUUAAAAAACAACACGAACAUUCUGGUCGAGGAAUGCGCAUACAGAACUGUCAUAUACAUAUUUUAGGGAAUUCUUCGUUUGCCUGGACUACCGGCUCGAAGACAAUACCUUUAAAUCUGACGAAUGUAACGCAGUGUUGAGACCUUUCCCCUCGGCCCCAGGCUGUGGGGCGCAGUACAGUGCGUGAUUACCACAACCCGGGACUCGAACAUCACUAACUCAAUCCAGUAUUAACGCUACUUCUCAGAACAAUGCCCCGAAUGUGGAUGCUGCCUGAAAAUGACACUGUAGCUGGAGUAUCAGCUGGUGACUUCAACUCGUUUUUUUCUCAGACGCUUUGAGCUCAGCGAUGAAUAUACAGAGAAACCAUUUGAUCAAUUGUUUCCCUAUUUAAUGCACAGUACUUGUUUCGUAAUUGUGUCAGAAUAAUUAAAAUAAUUUAUCUAUGUCUAUCCAAAUGCUCGAGUGCCUCAUCUGCCUCUUUGUCAAAUCAGUGUUUUUCAAAUCCGUCUCAAUAAACCACUUUGAUUAAGGA